GAGAUACGCUGACGCGGAAGAGCGGAGCGGAAGCGCUUGAUACGAAAUUGUUGACAUACUGCUGAAAACGUGCGAAACGCGAAAUAUGUUGACAGAUAGGGUAUUGUGUGCAGUACUAGUGGUUUAGUGGAUUAUAAAGACAAUAAUCUGACGGGUAGGCUGUGGUAACGUUUAUGAAUGUGAAUUGAAAACCGGACUAAAAUUACCCACCUAUCUUAAUUUAGCUGCAUCCAACAGCUGUGACGAUGAUGAUGAACAGAGAUGUGGCUGUUCUUCAGGGUGCUUUCCUCCUGGCUGAUAAACUGUGUCUCCCCUCAUCCCUGUCCUCGCUUGAGAAAGCUGACUGGAGCAGGGUGGGACAUGUGGUCCUGGAGGCAGUCAGAGAAAUCUGUGGAGAGGAUGUGACAGCGGCCGUCAGCUGGAUAAAGAAAUUAGUAUGCGCUGUGUGGCUGAAGGUGUUGUGCAGGGAGACUGGAGAGGACAUAGAAACGGCCUGGAGGGAGAACCCUUUCUUCUCCCUCCAGAACGGCCUCCCCGACGUCAACCAUGUUGUCCUGCUGGAAGUGGUGAGGUCGAUGCCGGCUGCUCAGAUAUUUGCCCAAUUCCUCUUCUGUCUUCCUCAGUCUCGGAUCUGUACUGAGCUUGAAAGGCUAGUGCAACACGUGAGGAGCAGCCCUACUAGAGAGGAUGACAUUCGACUUUUUCUGGAGGUGUGGUGGGAACUGUGGAAAGGCAGAGAUGAGCAGGAAGAGGGAGGAGAGGCUAGCAUGGAGACGAUGUUCGCCAGACAAUUUGCUCGUUUGUUGUCUGAGUCUCCAAGUCUGUCCCCUCAGGCUGCCAAGAGGUUCAAGCUAGAAGCAUCAGAUCCACCCGUACGGUCGCCAACCGCUGAUGUCCUACACAUUCUUCUUCAUGCACUUAAAGACAUAAAAGAUCACAUAACUACAACAGACCUUUGCCUCCAGGCCCUCUCCAUUUCUCUUGAUGCUCUGCACACAGCGUUCCUGAUAGACCAAACGGUCGUGCUUCCUACCAAAGAGAAGAUGCACAUCCUGUCUAAAGAAGUCAGCAUCAGGGAAAAGAAAAAUGAGAAAGUGAGUCCUGAACUUAUUCAGGAGGCUCAGAGAGACCUACGUGCGUGUCACACACCAUCGCAGUUUCAACCCAGCAGGAUGAAGCUUGAAGAAGCUUUGAAGAUUAUAACAGAAGUUUCUCAGUUUUGGCAAAACAGUGGGCUCCUGGAAGUUAAUGACAGCUCUAGCUACUCAGCGUUCAAACUAGAGCAAAGUGUCCAGAGAGUCCUGGCAGCUCUACAGAAAGCCAAAGCACCUGAAACUAUGACUGAAAUGGAUGAUCAGGAGACUGCGAAGAAUAAACUCAGAGGUUUGCUGGAGUCGCUGGUGUUCCCUGCCACAGAGAGCCUCGCUGGUGUGAACGCGAUUGUCACCGCGACCAUCAUCAGUCACCGCCUGGAGGACUAUCGGGAUUUUGCAGUGUUAUUUGUCAGUGAGCAGAGUUUUGCUGCCUGUGAUGAGCUCUGGGUAAACUGCUUGGAAAACAACCAAGCAGCCUUCCAGCAGCACGACACACUGAUCAAACUAACCUCCACCUUCAUGAGUAAACUCCACAGUGAGAGCCCAAAUGUGAGCCAGUGCAGGAAGCUGCUGAAAGUCACUGCAGACAUUUUCUCUGCGCUUUCCUUAGAAGACAAGAACAAAGCGUUGGCUGCCAUGUUGAGACUGUCCAGCAGGGGUUUCUUUGGGCGCUCCGUCCCCUCCGCUGUGGCCGGCGGGUUUGAACAGGAGCUCAACAUGGCCUUCAACUGCAUCAUCCAAGGACGGGGUGGAGCGUCAGCGGCGACAUCGCAGGGCAAUCUGAACACAGCAGUCUCUCUAGUAGCUCGGGUUGCGUUUCAGAACCCAGAAGCAGCUUUGAGGUCUUGUUGUCAUUCAGCUAUUUUCAACAAAGGCGCUUUCUCUCUUAUGGCUGAGAUCCUGCAGCAGCUGCCUGGACUCAGAGGACAGAGGGACAGAAAAGACGAAGCUCAAAGUAAUGACGAUGAAAGCAGAGAGGCAGAGGAAGGUGUAGAUGGAGGAAAGGAUGCUCUGAGUGGCAGCGCUCUACUCUGCAGGUGUCUACAGGAGAUGAUCAAGACCAAAUCGUUGUCAGCCAAUGAGAAGGAGCAGCUCCUCAAGUAUCUGGGUCUGCUGAUGACGCCUGUCAUGACAGUGGACGGAGAGGAAGAACGGAGGCAAAGUUUUCUGACACGUCAGGAAGUCGUCAACAUCUUCGUCCUGCCUAACCUCUCCACUACGGCUAAAAGCUGCUUUGAUAUAGAAUUGAGUCUGCAACUACUCCAUGCUGCUUUGUCUGUGGAAGUCCACGAACCAGCCUUGUCUCCUCACUGGGUGCUGGACUGCUCUCCCUUCCCCCUUCUCUAUGUCCUGGCCCAGCUGCUCAACCAGACUCUGAGAUGUUGGGAGCAACCACUAGACAGCACUGUCCACCACUGGUCCAUGGACACCAAGGAGCUGCUGGUGUCUGUGCUGACCACGCUGGGACAGGUGGUGGGUGCCGAGGUGGGUGCGGCCCCCAGCAGCUGGUCCAGAGCUUUGUUCUGGCUCCACAACAAAAUGGAGGGACUGGACUGGACCAUUUGUUUCCACCUAAAGCCUAUUUGGGGGGAACACUUUAAAAACGAGGUUCCGUCGUCUCUGCUGACUGUGUGUGAUCUACCUGAGCAGGAGUGGUCAGGUUUGGACCUCCCUCAGUAUGGCCAAGGUACAGGUCUUUUGGCCUGGAUGGAGUGCUGCUCUGCAUCAGACUCCCUGCAGUCCAUCAUGUUGUCCCGUCUCUCCCUGGACCAGCGCCGGCCCGACCACGUCAACAUGUUCAGCAAAGGCCUGCUGGUGGCUCUGACCCAGACACUGCCCUGGUGCUCGGUCCCCCAGUGGACCAGACUGCUGAGAGUCCUUAGGGAGCUGAUCACCUCGAGUCGCCUCCACGUUCCCUUCUCGCUCGAGUACGUGGACUAUCUGCCCCUCUUGGAUCUGAGGAGGUUUUCAUGCGAUCUCCGCCUGUCUGUACUCCUGCUUCGAGUCCUUCAGCUGCUCUGCGGGUCCAGCUGCUCCCACUGGCUGCCAUCAGACGGCUGGGCACACACUGGCAGGUUAUACGCCCACGCUGUGAGGGACAUUAUGAACUCCGUAAGAGCCAAGCUGCUUCUUCCUUCAUCUGGUGCUUUGACUGUCCCUGCUUCAGCGUCUCCUCAAACACCAGUACCUAGAGACUCCAGCCCUUCCCACACUUCAGUCAAAGCUCCUAAAAUGUCCAAAGAGCUUCAACAAGCAAAAGGCUCUCCUCUGAAAUCCAAAGAUUGCCAAAUGGAGGAGGAAGAGGAGGAGGAGGAGGAGGUGGAGACAGUUCCCAGCCAAGAAGUCCUUUUUGUACUCAGCCAGCUCUUCUGCCAUGUUCAGCACAUCCAGGUGAUGAUGCCAGGAGGCCAGUGUGAACCCUUGUUCCUGUCCAGUCUGGAGAUCCUCAGCCACUAUGAGGCUAUCAUGGCCGCUUUCCCACACAGCAGCAGCCCGCUGGAAAGCGACAACACCCGCCACUUCUUCUCCACCAUCACAGACAACCUGGAGAACCAGGAGAUGAAGGCCGUCCUGCAGCAGAAGAUCGCUCAGCUUGUGUCAUCAGCAGCUUAAGACACUGAUUUUUCAUCUGUAUUCCACUGAAGAAUUAGGGUUCUCAAACGCUAAAAUUCUCUGUAGAUUUUGAGCAUGUUUGCUGAUAAUAAAAAAAAAGAUCUAAUUUGUGGUCCUUGUUAUACACUGCACUUGGCUAACUUUAAACUUGAUCACAAAGUGAUGGUUUAGGAAUCUAUGUAAAUAAAAAGCCAAUAUUUCACAGCAAA